UGCCCUCCAGACUCUUCCUCUACAACCAUGCCUAUCAAACCCAACAUGUCUCAGAUUGAGAAAUUUGAUAGGCUGAAAUUGAAGACAGAAACACAAGAGAAAAAUCCACUGCCUUCAAAUGAAACCAUUCGACAGCGGAAGCCAGCAGGCAAAUCAUAAUGAGACACAAACUGCCAAUACUAUGCACAAACCACCAAUAUGCACUGUAUAUUCCACAAGCACUGCCUUCUGAUUUUUCUUAUUUUAGCUGUUUAAGUUUGUAAGAUGCAAAGAGCUUGGAUCAGUUUAAAUGACUCC